AUGAUGCCUGCCGUUAAACGUGCUCACACGGAACCUGACCUUGUGGAAUUCGGUGAGUACGUCCCGUUCCAGAAAUACGCCGAACUCUAUCAGUAUGUGGCACGUCUCUCUAAACUUGUGAACGAGCUUCGCGUCGGAAUUAUCGAAUCGGAUCCCAAGAAACUCAGGGAAACUAUUGCUGACACUUGUGAAUGCAUUCCGGAUCUGCCCCCUAUGGAAGAACCUAUGAUUAUUGAUGACGUUUUCCCGAAUGCCACGAAUACUUCAUCUAAGCCUCUUUCCUAUGCUUCCGUCGCCGGGAAACCACCGGUUGACCCUUAUGAAAUUGCCAAAGCGGCUUCUAUCCUACUCGAUAAAUCUUCUCGUGUCGUGGUGGAGAAAAUGCUUGAUAACAAAGAUGAUCCUGCCCAAGAGAAAUCGGACCUCCUCUUUUUCACUGAAUUUGCCAAAGCUAACAAUCUUCCUCAACCUUCUGAAGCCCACCGUCAUCCUUCCAAAUCUAACUACCGGCCACUUAAGCUUCAGUUCGCAUCUCGUACCGACCGUGACAAAUUCUUGCAUGGAUACUAUAAACGACGACUCUCUGACGAUUCGCUCUCUAAACUUCCUAUUAUCCCACGAGCUCGACGUGAUCUUACGAAAAUCGAAUUGGAGAAACUAUACGAAUCUAGGAAAUUUGUCUAUGAGGAGAACAAGAAAGCUGGAGUUUCUAAAUAUAUUAUGUACGAUAUUGGAUACAAAAUCAACGCUAAGCCCCAACCUUUUUCCUAA